AUGAGAUGCCUUCAACAUCCUUCCUGUGUUUCUGUAAACUUGGUCCUCGAGAUAGGACUGUGGUGCGAGUUAUUGUCAUCUGAUAAGUACAGCAACCCCAAGGAAUUCAGACAAAACGAAAGCUCAUAUCAUUAUCACAUCGUGGUGUGCCAACCACGACCUAACUCCACAGAAAAACGAUCUUUGAAUGGAAUGGCUAUUAAGAACAUAUGUGCUGAAAAUCCUUGCGCGAACAACACCACUUGUCGAAGCAGUUUUGCAGACAAACUUUAUCAGUGUCUAUGUCCUGCUGGAUACAAAGGUCCGAGGUGCCAAACAGACAUCGAUGAGUGUGCCAAAGGGAUUCACAAUUGCAGUCCCCAUGCCUUUUGCAACAAUACCAAAGGGUCUUAUUACUGCGCAUGCAGGCCCGGAUUCAUUGGGAAUGGCCGAGAAUGCAAAGAAGCUACUUCGUGUAAAGAAAUUCAUGACAAGGAUAUAUCCAAUGUGAGUGGUGUGGUUACCCUUUUGGUUGACUCCCAACCAUUGUCCGUUUUCUGUCACAUGGGAAAUUUUGGGUGUGGAGAUGGGGGAUGGACGCCAGUCAUGAAGAUUGACGGCAGAGAGACCACCUUCCAUUAUGAUGAGCAUUACUGGAUAAAUGAUCAAGGAUACAAUCUUCCCGGAGGAGAGACUGGGUUUGACGGACAGGAAUCAAAGCUACCCACCUACUGGAACACAUCCUUCUCCAAGAUCUGUCUCGGUAUGAAGAUCGACCAACAGCUCAGGUUCAUUGUCAUCCACAAGCAAGCUGACUCUCUGCGCUCACUGAUUGCUGAUGGCCAAUACCGCGCCACCUCACUGGGUCGUGAGAAGUGGAAGGAGUUGAUUGGUUCCCAAGGCUCAUUACAGUACAACUGCAACAAAGAAGGGUUCAAUGUCGUUUGUAGUUCGAGUGGAUAUUCUAAAGCCAGAAUUGGUAUUGUUAGCAACAACGAGAAAGCGUGUUCCACAUGCAACUCAAGGAUCGGAUUUGGCACAGGAGGGAACCCUAAUAAUUCAAACACGUGUGGUAACGAGGCCAAAUAUCAUACAGAUAAUGGAGACAAAUACAUCAAAGCCAUGGGAUACAUCUUGGUACAAUAA